GAGACGGCGCUCGCGGCUAGCGACGCGACGGCGACCUCUUCCUCCGCGCUCCCCGCUUCCUUCUCUCCGAUUGUGCUAGCAGUUCCUAGGAUUGGUGAAGACGAGCCGCCUCGUUCCUGGGACUUUGUUUUGACUCCGAAAGCUAUGGUUGGAAGAGGUUCGCCAAAACUCAGUAUGAUUCCAAAGGGAACUCCUAAGUUUGGUAGGAUGCUAUCUGCGACAAGUACUAGGAUGAAGAGAGUCUCUCCAAAAGGCAACCAAGUUAAACAGAGAGCAAUUUGGAACGCGGAGUUGGAGAAGUCACUUGUUGAAAUCCUUUUCGAGCACAAAGACUAUAGAGGAGAUAAUGGCUGGAACACUGAAUCAUGGAAUAGAAUGGUGAAGGAAUUCCAUGCACGGAACAAGUGUGUAUCAUUCACCAAUAGUCAAGUUCAAGAGAAGGAGGGUCAACUGAAAAGAGAUUACAAGAUGUUGAAAGCGGCUAGGCAACAAAGUGGGUCUUCUUGGAACGAGAAGAGAUGCAUGGUAGAGGGAUCGCCGGCUAUGUGGGAAAACUUGCAAAUUACAUUCCCAAAGAUCAAAAAGUUCUGCAACAACAAGGCCAACUUUCCCUUGUACUGCACUUGGCCAACUUGCUGAAGGAAAACACAACUGCACCUCCCUUGAUUCAAUGGAAGAUGAGAAACCCCUAAGGCUAGUACAAGAAUUGGACGAUGAUAGUCAACAGCAAGAUGAUCUUGUGCUGCUCGAAGACCAAAGAAACUCAAGAGAGAAAGAAAGUGAUGUUGUGUUAAGAAACCCGAGAGAGAAAGAAACUGAUGUGCUGCUUGAAGACCAAAGAAACACGAGAGAGAAGGAAACUCAAGCUGAGGAUUCAAGAAUUAUGACUGAAGAGCAAAAAAGACAGGCUUUAAUAGCAAAGAGGAGACAAGAAAAAGAAGAUAAAAAGACUAGUAAGAAUUCAAGAGUGGAGAACAUGAUGGAUCGAUACCUUGAGAUGAGGACUAAGCAACACGAGGAAGAAGCUAUAGCUAGAGAGAAGGAAUUUUCACAAGCAGCAGACUAUUCUGUCAAGAAGUGUGUAUCUAUGUUGAACUCAAUGGAUGUUACCAAACAAGAGAAGGCAAAGGCUUUUGCUGUUUUUAAGACCUUAGCAAAUAGAGAAAUCUUUUUGUGUGCCUGCGAAGAUGACUUAGAGUCUGCUUUAAUGUGGCUGAGAAAUGAAAUGGCCUAGCAUCACCAAAGCAUGCGAAGAAGGGAAAGAACCCAUGGAGUUGCACACAAUGGAGGAGCUGUCUCAACAUUCGAAUCUGAAUAUUAUGGUUGUUGAUCAUGCCAGUUUGGCACUUGUGACAAACUGUUGAUUUGCUGUUAAGGGUCUUCUAUGUCCAGCCCUUUUGGCACUUGAAAGAGUGUUGUCUGUCCUUUGGCACUUGAAACUGUUAAUUUGCUAUGCUGUUAAGCCCCUUGGGCACUUGUGACAAACUGUAUAUUGGUGCUAGCUGUUUUCUUUCCAGCUCAAACCGAAUACACUUUUUUUGAAGAGCUGGAUUAAGAAAAGGAGUGGAUUCAAACCACGUGUGGUUUCAGAUUUUUAGUGAAUACAC